GAGGGCACAGGUGGGGGAGGCGUCAGGGGCAGGCUGGGCUGGCCGGUUGCAGAGAGGGGUGGCCGGGGAGUGUCCAGCCACAGGAACCUUGGGCAGCCCGGCUGAGAUUUCUGAAAACCCCUCCCCCCGGAGCUGUGGGCGGGGCUGUGGGAACACUUUCAGUUUUGUUUCUGCAAGAAACGAAACUCAGCAGGAAGACUCCGAGACUAGAGCAUGGAGGGAGCCUUUCAGGUGUGCGGGAACUGCAAAAGACGGGUGGCCUCUGCCCACUUUGCCCUCCACGAGGCGCACUGCCUGGUGUUCCUGGCCCAGUGCCCCGAGUGUCAGGAGCCCGUCCCCCAGGCGAAGAUGGAUGAGCACCGCGAGAGCGGGCACCAGCAGGUCGGGUGCGCCAUGUGCCAGCAGAUCAUGGGGAAGCAAGAGCUGGCAUUUCACGAGACCAGGGAGUGCCAGGAGCGCCCCGUCGUGUGCGAGUUCUGCAGGGCAGCCGUGCGCCUCAGCAAGCUGGACAUCCACGAGCACCACUGCGGCCGCCGCACAGAGCUGUGCCCGGACUGCGACCAGCCCAUCGUGCUCCGCGCGCUGGCCCAGCACAGGGAGGCCUGCGGGAGUGGGCAGGCCCAGCGCCAGACAGGGAAGAAGAUUUCAGCUCCCGAAAGCACUAUCUGCUGUCAUUAUUGCAACCAGAUGAUCCCAGGAAAUAAGUAUUUACACCAUAUGGAUAAAUGCCAUGCCACCUCAGAGUCUGCAAAAUAUUUUCCAGUUGAAGAGACGAGAAGUUCUCCUCCGUCCCUCUCAAGUCAGGCUGCUGAAGAUCAAACUUCCGCCGCAGUGAAAGAUGUUCGCCCAAAGACGAAAAAUAUAAACAGAGUUCCUCUUCCUUCUGAAAAUUCAACAAAGAAAGCAGCGAGUGGCACAAACAAAACCCCGGAUCUGUCUCUGAGGCCCGAGCACAAGCCCCCGGUCGUGGACGACCCAGCCUAUGAUGUUCUGCACAGAUGUCCUCAGUGUGAUAUCCUCCUUCCCCUGCCGACCCUCAACCGACAUCAGGAGAAAUGCUGGUGGUUAGCUUCGUGGAGAGAAAAACAAGGCAGAAGCUCCAGCUAGAUGUGGGAAGGAAAAGAGAUGUAGGUUUGCCCAAGAGGUAUGGAAAAACCAGGAGAGAAAAAAAGCCUCCAGCUCUUCAGCCUGAGAAUUCUGACCAAGCAUCUGGGCCCCACGGCCCGGACAGGUCGGGGGACCCCAGCUUUGUCCACUUAAAAUUCCCACCAGCAAUUGGAGUGACCAUCAUCAUUUCCCCACAUUCUCUGGCCAGCGUGUGGUAUUACCGUCAUCAUUUUUUUCUAAUUUUAACUAUUCUAAUAAGUACGUAGUCGUAUCUUA